UUUUAAACAGUAAACCUUCAGUAAAAUUACAACUUUAUAAAACUAGAAUUAUAUUUAUAAUGGCAUUAAGGUAUUGAAUGAAUACAAAAAGUGUUAUUUACACGUGUUGGAUGCGAGAAAUUUCUUGUAAUCAAAAUUUUAAGAGCCGCGGGACUAAUUAGGGAAUAAUGGUUCAGCGAUUAACAUACCGUAGACGUUUGUGUUACAAUACACAGUCUAAUCGAGUGAAAAUCUCUAAGACUCCUGGUGGUAGACUGGUGUAUUUAUAUCCUGGUAAACCUGGUAAAAUACCUAGAUGUGGUGAUUGUCACUUGAAGCUUCGUGGGAUCACUCAUGCUAGACCUAGAGAACUCUCAGCCUUGUCUAAAAGACACAAGACAGUAACUCGAACUUAUGGAGGAUCAAGAUGUGGCAAGUGUGUAAGGAGUAGAAUUAUUCGAGCUUUCCUUAUUGAAGAACAGAAAAUAGUUGCCAAAGUUUUAAAGGCUCAGCAAUUAGCUUCCAAACCAACAAAAUAAACUGUAUUUAAAUCAAUAAAUAAAAAUGAUUUCACUUUUUUGUUUUUA